UUUAAGUAUCUGAAGAGCCCAACAAACUGGUUUGGUUAGGGUAUAACAACGAAAUCUUCUAUAUAAAAACGUAGUAAGUGUAAACAGUAUACAACUGUCCAGCGAGCAGUGCAGAGUUUUUUUUCGCUCGCAAAAUUUUUAAGAAUUUCAAUAAUAUGAAUAAAGCAGACUACAAUCCGGUUUUAACGCGUGCGAACCGUCUAGAAUUGUUUACGACUGUAGAAUGCGAAGAGAUAUUGAAGAUUGUUCUGCAGGAUGAGAAUAAAAGGGGAUGCUUAAAAGAAUUCAAAAUUGUGCCAGCCGUAGAGCAGGUGGGAUUUCUUGGGGAAUAUUAUCAUCUGAUACUAAGCUAUCAGUUGGAAAAUGAGUCAGAGGAGCGUUCAAAGCGACUAUUUGUCAAAUCUGUAGUGUAUCAGAAUGCGGAUAAGUCUUUCCACGAUGAGAAAACUAUGAUUUUAAAGAAGGAGGCGAUGCUCUACAAAACGCUGAUCAACGAGUUGAAGCUUUUCUCUGAACACUUGUGGUGCGCCAAAUGUUAUUUCGCCCGCGACGAUCUGUUUGUCAUGCAAAAUAUUGAGGAUUUGGGAUAUGUAUCGCUACCUUCAGGAACGCGUUUUCUUACCGAAGUACAAAUGCGUCCCAUUUUCAAGGCCCUGGCAACUCUACAUGCCAGCAGCGUGGCCUUUGAGCGAAGUCAUCGAGUCACAAUUGGAGUUCAGUUUAGAAAGUGGCUAGAUGAAAAGUCCAUUGAUGCCGAUAUUCCUUGGUGGACCACUGGCGUAAAAGCUGUCUUGGCUGCGACUGCAACACAUCCACUAGUUCGCGAUGAUGCAGCUGCUCAAGAAUAUAUUAAAAAUGAGUUGUCGCGUUGCUUGGACAAAGUUUAUUAUAUAAUAGGUUCAUCUGCAGUUCAUCGCAAUGUUUUUCUACAUCGCGACACAUGGAGUGGCAAUGUCUUCUAUCAUAAGGAACGUCCACAGGAUGUGGGUUGUGUUCUUGUCGAUUUCCAACUCUGUCGUUAUGCGCCGCCAGCUGUGGACUUUCUUAUGGCCAGCUAUAUGAAUGUGGAGCCCAAAGAUCGUAAGGCGAUGGAACAGCGUAAUAUCUCCUAUUAUCACGACAACUUGGUUUCCGAACUGAAAGCCAUGGGAAUUGAUGCGGAAAAGGAGCAACUCAGCCGUUCUGACUUUGACCAAUCUCUGAAAGAUCUAGCUCUCUUUGGAGCCGCUUUCAAUUGUAUUGCAGCAACUGUGCUACGUUUACCUGAAAACUACCUAAAAAAACUCAAGGACGAGCAACCUGCGGAAUUUCAUCACUUUUGUAACGUGGAUCGCACGGAGAGCCUCUUGGGUAUAAUGGAUCAACAUGACGAUUUUCGACGUUAUAUGUAUGAUUGUGUUGAGGAUUUAUUAGAGUUGACAUAUUAUAAACAAGCUAAAUGAUUUUUCGUCUUAUCUUCAGUGUCAUUUGCCACCCAGAAACACAUUUGCCUUAUCAGCUUUUGAUAACUGCAACUUUAAGGCUGUGUUGUCGCGAAAAUACGAGGCAUAUUAUUUAACUAAUUUUAGUUCAGAGAUUGUCGGAAAUGUUUUCAAGAGCAAAAAUAUAAUUUACAACUAUACACUCAGAUACAAACAAAAUACACAGCUCUGAAAUAUUGUCAAAUAUUGAUAGUUUUGUGUGAUUGUGUUGAAAAAAUAUUUGUGUUUCCCAUUGAAUAAGUUUAAGACAUUCUUGAAUUUAAAUAAAUGUUGAUAUGCCUAA